AUGUCGAAAAUAAGCACUCGUUAUACAAUUUUGAACAUAUUUAUUUUAAUUAUAUGCGUGAAUUGCAAUACAACAAUUUCAAAUGUAAACGACGACAUUAUUCUAGCUUAUGAAAUAAUGAAAGAUGAGGAUGACACCACUACGUUGAAAUCAAUUGUUGAAGAAUCGCAAAGUGAUUUGGUAUCGGAUUUUUUUGGCCAUCUUAAAGAAAUAUUUGAACCUGACGCACUGAAUACGAGUUAUGAGUUGAAUUCAAAUAAAAUACCUGGAAAUAAUAAAGAAUUAACUGCAACAAAAUCCCCAGCAAAGGAGUUGUUUCAGAGAUUUAGACACAUUACAAAAACGAAAAACAAAAUAAUUGCAAUGUUUGAAAACAGUACAUUACCUUCUACAAAAUAUUAUACUUUUCAAAUUACCGAUCCCGAUAUAAUAAAGAAAUACAAGUUACUAAAAAGUACUAAACUUACUUCAAUAGAAACAACGUCCACACUAAAACAAAACCGAAAGAAUUUUGAACAACAAGCGAUAUCAACACGUAAAUCUGUAGAACAAGAUGAGCUGGAAGACGAGACAAGCCUUGGGCCACUCGCUAUCGAAUCUGACCGAGACAUUGAUUUGAUGGAUCUAGAGAUGAGAAAAUUAUCUUGCAUAUUUUGUGAUAAUGUUAAUAACAAGGAUUGCAAUAGUCCGGGAAACAAAUUACUCCCUUUGUUACGCUGCGGUAAUGGCGGUGAUAGAUGCUAUUCGAUGCAAACACCUUUCGGCGUAGUGGUACGUGGAUGUUACAAUCGUCUUUUAAAUCACACAACGUACGUGUGUUCGUGCAAUCUCUGCAACUCAAUACCGAUUCACGACUUACCGUAUACAUUCACCAAUAAGACCGAAUGGCUGAAUAACAUUCAGGAGUUAACUCAUGGGAGAAGAUUAAGAAAUUCCGUGUAUAAUCAGAUGGCUUGCAUACGAUGCGAAGUUAAUCAAACGGUUCAUGAGGUACCAGAUAUUAACUGUCUUGAAGGGAAAUAUCGGGUUCUGCCAAGCCAGUACUGUAACGUCGAUGAGAUAUGUGGCAUUCGGUCUAUCAAGAGCGAAGGCUACAUUUGGCGCGGGUGUAUCAAAUUCCCUCGUUUCAAUUACUUAUGGAGUUUCUGCGAUAAUGAUUUAUGUAAUUUCGAUCCGCCUACGUCAAUUUUUGAUAUCCAAUGAAAAUGUUGCUUUUAAUUAUCGUUUGUGGUUGUGUGAUUAGUGUUAUCCAGUCAUUACUCUUGGUACGUAUAUGUAUUGGGUAAAUAAAUAAUUAAAUAUUUUAACUGAUUGGCAGUGCACCUCUUUAA